CCUGUCAGGCUUGAAAUUCAAAAAGUCUGAAAAUUUUAGACUCAUCUUGACUCGAAACUCAAAUAAUUACCAUGUCUACAUGAGCAAUGAUCUCAUCAUCGUCGUACUUCUAGAAACACAUCCCUGCUUGGUGCUAUAUAAACCGAGGACAUAGCUACUGAUUUCAUCUCUAUCUCUCCCACUGUCAGUUACUGUAAGGAAAUGGGUUAUGCAGGUUUUGUUUUGGUGGCUCUGGUAAUAGUUGUUAUUACAAACAUAUGGAGAUUGUUUAAGAUUGUCGUGUGGAGGCCAUAUGUUUUGACUAAGAGCUUUGAGAAGCAAGGAAUCAAAGGCCCCCCUUACAAGCUUCUCUACGGUUCUCUUGCAGAGAUGAAGGAGCUGAAGAAAGUUGCAAGAAAAACUGUUUUAGAUACAAACUCCAAUGAUAUUAUUCAUAGAGUUGUCCCUCACUAUCACAAAUGGUUUUCUCAAUACGGUGAAACAAUACUAUAUUGGCAUGGCACAACACCGAGAAUCACAGUGACAGACCCAGAGCUGGCCAAACAAAUCCUAUCAAACAAAUUCGGCUUCUACGUAAAACCCAAACCAACGCCUUCAAUUCUAAAACUGACGGGUCAAGGAUUGAUUUUUGUGAAAGGAGGAGACUGGGUUCGCCAUAGAAGAGUUCUUAAUCCCGCUUUCUCUGUGGACAAGCUCAAGAUUAUGAUAAAGAAAAUGGCGGACUGCACCAUUGCAGUGCUCGAUGAGUGGAAUAAUCAGUGUCAUUUAUCUGAUAACGAUCAACGUACUGUAAAGAUAGCGAUGCAUGAAAAUUUACAAAAGCUUACAUCUGAUGUAAUUGCCCAUACUGCUUUUGGUAGUAGUUACAAGGAAGGCAGAGAAGCCUUUUAUGCACAAAAAGAGCUUCAAAAAUGCUGUGCAGCUUCAAUUUCUGAUGUUUUCAUUCCAGGCACCCAGUAUCUACCCACUCCAAUGAACCUUCGCAUAUGGAAGCUAGACAAGCAGCUGACAAAUACAUUAAAGGGAAUAAUAGAAAGUAGAUUAAAAACAGCACAAUCAAGUUUAGACGGUUGUUAUGGAGAUGAUUUGCUGGGUAUAAUGAUAGAAUCAUUAGUAAGUAAAACAGCUGAAAGCAAAAAUAGUCCAAAAUUAAGCAUGUGUGAAAUAAUGGAAGACUGUAAAACAUUCUUCUUCGCCGGGCAAGAAACAACCGCAAAUUUACUAACUUGGACAACUUUCUUGUUGAGCUUACAUACAGACUGGCAAGAAAAACUUAGAGAAGAGGUGCUGAAAGAAUGUGGAAUGGAAAUUCCUGAUGCAGACAUGUUGGCCAAAUUAAAAUUAGUUAAUAUGGUUUUGCUCGAGGCUCUAAGGCUUUACGGUCCUGUAAUAAUGUUAAUCAGGAAAACGUCAGAAGAUAUGAAACUGGGAGAUUUGAUGAUUCCAAAAGAUACAUCCCUUACAAUUCCCCUGGUAAAAAUUCAUAGGAGCAAAGAAUACUGGGGAGAGGACGCAAAUGAGUUUAAUCCAUUGAGAUUUGCUAAUGGGGUGUCAAAGGCUGCGAAACACCCAAAUGCUUUGUUAGCGUUUGCAAUAGGGCCAAGAAUUUGUAUUGGGCAGAAUUUUGCAAUGUUAGAAGCAAAGACUGUGCUUGCUUUGAUUCUUCAGAGGUUUUCGCUUUCGCUUUCGCCUGAAUAUAAACAUGCUCCUGUGGAUUAUCUUACUCUCCAUCCGGAAUAUGGUUUGCAGGUUAAUGUAAAAUCGUUGCAUUUGUAAUGUGGGAACUGCCAUUUCUAUCUCCCUAAAGGUCGUUUUUUUUUUUUUUUUUUUUUUUUUUUUUUUUUUUUUUUUUUUUUUUUUUUUUGUUUUCUUUGAAUAAAAUGUACGACGGUAAAUUCCAACGUUUGAAGUGAUUGAAAUCUUUGGAUUCUUGGAGACAGUCCACAUCA